AGUUCGAAAAUCUUAGAACUCUCAAAUAAUGGGAAAGAAGAUUUCAACCCCCCUUCUUCUCCGGAAAGCACACCGUAUCCGUAUGCACACACAGAUUGCAUACGCAAUCAAACCCUGGAAUCUGUCAUCUCUGAUACAUGCGCACCAAUUAAUCAGAGGUGGAAAGAAUUCUACGAAUUCUCGCAUUUUUCUGAAUUAAUUGAGGAUGACGACGGCGACCCGAGAAGAUGGGUACGUGGUGCCGGCGGAUCCUUCGAAUGCCGUCGCCGGGUUGAAGAAAAAGGGUGCCGGGUCGCGGAGUUGGAUUUUAAUGGAUUCUUCGGGUCAGGAGAUUAUACUGGAUGUUGAUAAAUACGCGAUCAUGCACCGCGUGCAGAUACACGCGCGUGAUCUUCGCAUUCUCGACCCCCUAUUGUCGUACCCAUCCACCAUCCUUGGCCGUGAGAGAGCCAUUGUUCUCAAUUUAGAGCAUAUCAAGGCUAUUAUUACUUCUGAAGAGGUGUUGCUUCGCGAUCCGUUGGAUGAUAAUGUUGUUCCUGUAGUAGAGGACCUUCGAAGGCGACUUCGAUCAAUAAAUGGAAAUCAAGAAGAUAAUGAAGUUGGGAGGGAGUUUGCUCUGCACCAUGAUGGUGAAACGGGUGAAGAAGAUGAUUCUCCAUUUGAGUUCCGAGCACUAGAGGUGGCUUUGGAAGCCAUUUGUAGUUACCUUUCUGCCCGCACAAUAGAAUUGGAGACUGCAGUUUAUCCAGCUUUAGAUAUGCUUACAUCAAAGAUUAGCAGCCGUAAUUUAGAUCGUGUGCGGAAGUUAAAGAGUCAGAUGACAAGGUUGAUUGCUCGUGUACUAAAGGUGAGAGAUGAGCUGGAACAGCUUUUGGAUGACGAUGAUGACAUGGCGGAUCUUUACUUGUCGAGAAAGUUAGCAAGUGCAUCGCCUGUCAGUGCGUCAGGUGCCGCUAGUUGGUUCCUUGCAUCACCUACCAUGGGCUCUAGGAUAUCUAAGGCCAGUAGGCAAAGUAUUGCUACUAUUCGUGGAGAUGAGAAUGAUGUUGAGGAACUUGAAAUGCUACUCGAGGCCUAUUUUAUGCAAAUUGACAGCACAUUCAACAAAUUGAAUACGCUUCGCGAAUAUGUUGAUAACACAGAAGAUUAUAUCAAUAUCCAGCUCGACAAUCACCGUAACCAGCUGAUUCAGCUAGAGCUUUUUCUGAGCUCCGGUACCGUAUGUUUAUCUAUAUACUCUUUGGUAGCUGGAAUAUUCGGUAUGAACAUCCCAUAUACAUGGAAUGACGAUCACGGUUACAUGUUUAAAUGGGUGGUGAUUUUCACAGGGUUUUUUUGUGCAAUUCUUUUUGUACUCAUAAUUUCUUAUGCACGUGCGAAAGGACUUGUUGGAUCUUGAUUGGUUCUCUCGAGAGAUCUCUUCAUAUUGCCCGUUUUUCGCUAAAAAUCGCUGAAAGUUCAAAUCUUUUUUUUAAUAUUUUUUAACACCCAAAUAUAUGGUAUAUAACCAUUAGUUGUUUAUCCAAAUUAUUUAACUUU